AGAAUUAGGGCUAGAAAGUAGAAGAAGAAGAAGAAGGAGAGAGAGAGACAGAGAGUGGUGAUUCUGAGAAAUGGCGUUGCAAAAGGCCCAGGAGAUGGUUUCUUCAAAUCCUGUCGUCGUCUUCAGCAAGACGUAUUGUCCGUUCUGCGUGAGCGUGAAGAAGUUGUUAUCGGAGCUGGGAGCUACUUUCAAGGUCGUCGAAUUGGAUACUGAAAGUGAUGGAGCUGAUCUUCAAUCAGCACUUGCUGGGUGGACCGGACAGCGGACUGUGCCAAAUGUGUUUAUCGGUGGAAAGCACAUUGGUGGCUGUGACACCGCCACAGCCUUGCACAGUGAUGGGAAACUUGUUCCUUUGCUUACUGAAGCUGGAGCUAUUACGUCCUCCUCUAACGAAGGGAGUUCUGUUACCUGUUGAACCGGUUUAACGAGUAAACAUCAAUAAAGGCAUUGUGGUAACUGGUAAACAUCAAUACCAGCAUUGUGGUUGAUGCUGUUCCUAUAUUCUUCGUUGGAUCUGUUCUAUUACCCAAUGACAGACUUGACAUUGUUGGGCUAAUCAUUUGGUGCACCUUUAGCAACUGAAUCAUAUAUCAUAUCUACCUACAUGCAUGAGAUCCUUCAAAAUUUAAAUUAUGUGAAGUUCUCAUCUACAAGUGGUUAAGGGUUUUACAGAAUAUUGAUUAAGUAUUUAAUUACUUAAAUGAAGUUUCAAGUUGCUGAUA